AACCUAUUAUUCGUUCAACAUGAGACUAUACCCAACUAUACCUAUCAUAUGACGAGUCCUUUGAGCUGCGCGAAACGGGUAUGAUCUCUUGUUGAACGAAUAAUAAAUUGUUUUCUUUCAGCAUUUAUUGGAAAAAUAACCUCAUAUGUACAAAAGCUUCAGUGAAUUAAAUACCUAUUUAAAUGAUUACAACUGAUAAUAUAAAAGUAAAAAUAAACAAUAUUACAAGUUAUUUAUAAACUUAUAUCUUUUAAUUUUUAUUUUUAAAAAUGUGUGAAGUUAUUGUAUUAUUUAAUGGAUAUUCUGAAAAACUUGAAAACAAUAUAAUGAAAGCAAAUUGUUCCUGUACGUUAAUAAAAGCAUCAAAAAAUAUUAUUGUUGAUACUAUGACAGCUUGGGAUAGGGAUAAAAUAUUACAAGCACUUAUUCGGCAUGGUGUUAAACCUGAUCAAAUUGAUUACGUUAUCUGUACUCAUAGUCAUGCAGAUCACAUAGGGAAUAAUAAUCUUUUUCUAAAUGCAGAACAUAUUAUUGGAACUUGUGUUCACAGUGGAGAAAUAUUUUUAGAUAAAAACUUACAAAACGAAGAAUAUAAAAUUUGUCCUGAAGUUAAAGUUGUAACAACUCCUGGCCAUACAUCAGAUGAUGUUACAGUUCUAGUUGAAACUAAAAAACAUGCGAAACCUAUCUGUUUUGCUAUAACAGGAGAUUUAUUUGAAAAAGAAGAAGACAUAUCAGAUCCAUCGAUCUGGAAAGAAUUAGGAACUGUAGAAUUACAAAAAACCCAAUCACUCAUGAGAUCUUAUAUAAUAAACAUUGCAGAUUUUAUUGUACCUGGCCAUGGUCCAAUGUUUUGUGUUACUGAUGACAUGAGAAAAAUAAUAAAAGAUCAAAUAAUUACAUAGAUUUAUUAAGUAAA